UAUUGGCACUCGUGCCGGACUUCUCUCAGAGAGUGGAACGGAGGUUACGUUACGAGAUCACGCUAAUAUGGCCGAUAUUACAGAGCAGAAAGGGGAUAACCUCGAUGCACAGAUGGAAAUCAAGGUGGAACCGACGCUGCAGGGUUACGUCGAAGAGGAACACGAAAAUGGUUUUUCCAGUUUCGAAAAUAACAGCGCAAUUCCAUCGACCGCCGAUGUCGGUGCCUUGAAUUUAUGGACUAGCAAGGCUACCGCUUGUCUCAUUAACCAGUAUAAGAAAUAUCAUGCCAUGGUAGGACAGUCGACGCAACUUCGAAGUUUACGGGAGAUGUUCGAGAUGAUUUCCCUCGAGAUGCAAAAAUACGGAUUUUACUUUAGUCCACAGAAGUGCGAAAACAAGUGGCGAGUUCUUGACCGAAAGUACAAAAAUCUGGUGUUUCGAGAACGAUUGAAAAAACCUGGUAGAAUGAGGCACUACGGACAAUGGGAGCACAAAAGGGCACUGGAUGAAAUUUUUAACGAAAAAAGGAAACACGUGUAUCUGGAAGAAUGUGAUUUUCCACCACCACCUGGUUCUGCCAAGUAUAUGUUUAUUUUACCGAAACCUGCGUCCGAGGAGCUGAACAGCGUUAUCGAGGGUCUGCAACAGGAGGACCCUCUUGCGGCACCUAAACCUAACUUAUCUUCAAACAGCAAGAACGAGAUGCUGGAACAGAAAGAAGCUCUGACAGCACUUUUUGACAAGUUUUUUGACGAGAUGACCAAGCAUUUUGCUACUGCAGAGGAAAAUAGAGAAAGAAGACAUAAAGAAAAAAUGGCACUGCGACAGAGUGAAUUGGAAAUUCAAAGGAAAGUUUUAAAAUUGAAAGAACAAAAAUUGGAGCUGCAAAAACGUCAAAUUAUCGCUUCUGCGCAGCAUUUACAUUUGAAUAUGUCGUGA